CGGGAAUCUCUUGUUGAUCCCCCCCCAGCAAGCCUCUUUUAUAAAAUCAUCCUGUCCCAGCCUUCUCUUCAUCUCUUUUCAUCUCACACAUUUUUCAACCACCCUUCACCCAGAUACACACGUUCAGUGUCCUACUUCUAUCUACUUAACCACCUGUCCGGACCUGAAAUCAAAUCUGACUCCCCCCGAUAAGCAAGGGAAAAAAAUAACAACCCGCAUACAUCCCCACGUCACCGUCCACAUCAACCGUCACCAUGGGUAAAGGCGGUCGCAUUGUCUGCAUCUUCACUCCAUAUGUCCUCACCAUCGCCUCCUUAAUAUGCAUCAUCAUGGUGGGCCUGGGCUGCACAAAAUCCAGCUCCAGCACACUAAAUGAUCUCUACUUCUUCAGAGCCAACCUCAAGAACAUUACCUCCGAAGCCUCCUCCACCGCAUCAACAGUAUCCUCCGUCGUGAGCGACCUGACCGGUGUUUCGGAUGGCGAUCUUUCCGCUGCGCUCGAGGAAAUCGAAGAACAAUACAACAUCGAGGACUUCUAUGCCAUUGGUCUCUGGGGCUACUGUGAAGGAAACAUCACCUCCAACAACAGCUAUCAAACCAACAACUGCUCCAAGCCCGAGGCCGAGUUCUGGUUCAACCCUCUGGAGGUCUGGAACUUGGAAGAAAGUGGCCUGGAGAAUGCCCUUCCCAGCAAAGUCAAGAGCUCCCUGAACACCUACAAGGCCGUUUCCAAAUGGAUGUUCAUCGCCUACAUCAUUGCAUUUGCUCUUACGGUCGCUGAACUGGUCGUCGGUGUCUUCGCUAUCUGCAGUCGCUGGGGUAGCUGCGUGACCAGCUUGGUGUCUGCUGUAGCCUUCUUCUUCACCGCUGCCGCUUCCGUCACUUCUACCGCCAUGUUCGCCGUCCUCAAGGGCGUCUUCAAAUCCGAACUCGAGCAAUACGGCAUCAAGGGCCAAAUGGGCAAGAACAUCUACGUUGCUACCUGGCUCGCGGUCGCCUUCUCCCUCGCAGCCACUCUCUUCUGGAUCAUCAGCUCCUGCUGUUGCUCCGGUCGCUCCCCUUACAACCACCGCAACCGCAACCGCGCCGUCAUGGCCGAGAAGACCCCCUACACCUACGAGGCUCUGGGUCCCUAUGGCCAGCCCCAGCAGACCCCCUACAACACCUCCUACCCUCCCCCGCCUCCUAUCCACGGCAACCAGACCACGGGUCGGACGAACGCCUAUGAACCCUUCCGUCAUACUUAAAUGAUGAAAUACACCCCA